AAACCGUCACUUGACAUUUGUCCAUUUACAACAAAUUUUGAAGUUUGCAUGGUAAUUGAAAUAAUUUGUUUUAAUAUUUUUAUUGUGUUUCUGCUGAUAACAUUUAAAGGCGUAUAUUAUUGUAUUAUUUACAUUUGCAAUAUCAUUUUUGAAAUGGAACCGGAGGAUGCUAAAUUCAUGAGGACAGAGCGCAAACCAGGAUCAGUAGAUGUUCACCCAAAUAUUGAUGCAAUUUGUUUAAAUUACGAUUUAGAUAUUCAGAUUCUUGCGUCUAAAGAACAUGUCAUUUAUGGAGAAAAAAAGAGUCUCAAGAAGAUUAUUGAACUACCAAUGAUUAACAGUAGAACAGAUUGCCAUGUAUUAUCCAAAGAAGUUGUUAAUCAGUGUGAACUGAUACAUCAUUCUCGCCUACCAGAAGUAGAGCAAAUUAUUUAUUAUCUAAAGAAAAGAAAACUUCAAAAUGGUGGUAAAGGAAUGGGACCGAUGGGUGACGGCGAUAAAAAUAAAUUCGAUAAUUACUCCAAUGGAGUACACGAAGCUAACUAUAACAGUUUGUCUGAAUACAUUGAUCUCCUUUAUGAGGGUAUGGCUGAAAAGAUUAGGGGAGCACAACUCAUACAGUUGUUGGCACGAGAUCCGGAAAACUUGGAGGCACUUGCGACUAAUGAAACUUUGAUAAGUGCCUUAGGAAGAGUGUUGAGGGAAGAUUGGAAGCGAAGCAUUGCCUUAAGUACCCAUUUAGUGUUUACAUUUUUCUGUUUUUCCAUAUACUCAUGCUUCCAUCACGUGAUUUUGAAAUGUAAGGUCGGUUCAAUAUGUAUGGACAUAAUCGAUUACGAAUUACGUCGAUACGAUCGGUGGAAAGCCGACUUUGAUGGGUCAGAAGCUCCAUCAGAUAUCCCUAUAGUCAGAAAACCUUGCCCCAGUAGUGCUAGUAUGUCUGAAAUACCUCGCAGCCGCAUUCCAGAACCAGUUCGUCCAAAAUCAGGAAAUUUCUCCGAUAGUAACAUAAGUCAAAUUAUGGAAGGAAGCAUUUACGAUGAUCUCACCACUUCCAUGGAGGGUAUAGACGAUAGGAAAUUAACGGGCGAACAGAAACUGAAACGGUUCCGAACUCUAGUCAAGAAACAGGAGCACCUGCUUCGAGUAGCUUUCUAUUUAUUACUAAACAUUGCCGAAGACGAGGUAGUAGAAGAAAAAAUGUCGAAAAGAAAUAUUGUAGGUCUUUUAGCCAAAGCUUUAGAAAGAGAAAACGAGGAUUUGCUCAUUCUAGUCAUUACAUUCCUUAAGAAAUUGUCGAUAAUGCAGUGCAACAAAGAGGUGAUGGUAGGAAAUAUGUGCGUGAUCGAAAAAUUGCCCCGAAUGUUGAAUUCCAGUAGUGCCGAUCUCGUCCAUUUGACUUUAAAGCUUUUGUUUAAUCUGUCAUUUGACAAUAAAGCUAGAUAUAAGAUGAUCAAAGCUGGACUUCUUCCAAAAGUUAUGAGUCUUCUCAGUGACGAUAAACAUCAAGAGGUUGUUCUUAAGAUACUAUACCAUCUGAGUUAUGAAGACGAAAUCAAACAUCACUUUGUGGACUGUAUUGGACUGAUCAUCGAUAUGUUACUCUUGAGCGUCGGAAAUGAAAACGAUAAAACUAUGGUGGCUCUUUGCGUAAAUCUGUCUACAGAUCAGCCAAAUGCUCAGCAUAUUAUUAAGAAAAACCGAUUGCAGUCGUUAAUCAUGCGAUCGUUUACGUACCAAGACGCUAUGCUUAUGAAGAUGUUGAGAAAUAUAUCUGAUAAUCCAGCUUGUGCCCCUGCCUUUAUAGAAUUCGUCGGAGAUAUUGCAAAGACUGUAGUCGAUACCAAAGAUGAAGACUUUAGUCGAGAAUGUGUUGGGAUCUUGAGCAAUUUGUAUUUACCUGAUCUCGAUUGGGCCGAAAUAUUCAAGCACUUCGAUAUGAUAAAUUGGGUGAAAAACAUAAUAACCGGUAAUAACAAAGAUGUAGAACUAGUAUUACAUGUUAUCGUUCUUUUGGGAACAGCAUCUACCGACGAAGGUUGUUCGAAUCUGUUUUGUGAAACCGGUAUUUUGGCAUUACUUAUAGAUCUAUUAAAAACUUACCAAGAGGACGACGAGGUAGUCCUGCAGAUUGUUUAUGUGUUUUUGACAGCUCUGUCUCACAGUUCCAACAUUGAACACAUAAUAACGAAGACAGAAGCCCCUGCUUAUCUUAUCGACUUGCUACAAGACAACAACAAAAUAAUCGGAAAGUUGUGCAAUACAUGCCUUAAUAUAAUUUCCGAGCACGACAAAACGUGGGCGGAUAGAAUUAGAAUAGAAAAGUUCCGCAACCACAACCAGCAGUGGCUGGCAAUGGUAGACUCGCAGCAAUUGGAGACUGAAGAAGAGGAGGAGGACGAACUGCCUCCGUAUCUUAAUACGGAGUAUCUGAGUACAGCCGUGGUACCUCCAUUGACAGAUCUCCAUGAUAACGCUGAAACGGAAAUAAUCUCAGAUAAAGAUCUAGACUGUAAUUAUUUCGAUGAGAAGUUAACAGAAGAGGAAGAAGAAAUGAUGCAAGAAAUUGGGGCGAUAUAAAUUUGUAUUUUUAAUACCAGCUAUGAUUGCUUGUUUUUAGCACAAAUUCAAAUUAUUCUAGUCAUUUUUCAAGUAAAUGUAGAAAUAUUUAUGCAACAAAUAUAUGUUAUUAUCUCUUUUUGUCUAA